CUUCUUUUGAGUUAUAGCACAGCGAAAUCUUGGAGGUGUUAUCGACGUUUCCGUGAACGUAUCGCCUUCAUCUUCAGUACGUCGUUGUUUAUCAGGAGAGAUAACAACAGAGGAACUGAUAAGAGAUAAAUUGGAGUGUCAGAUGGAACGGAAGUGAGCAAACAGGGAUUCACCAGGUGUACAAAUCUGAACCCAAGACAACGUACACGUACCUCUACAACCAGGAACAAAGGUAACACAGCUGUGGCCGCAUGAAGCUACAAAAAACUGUGUAUAUUCAGGAGGGACACGGGGAAGAACCCUCCUCCCACUAUGAAGCCCCCCUGGACAAGGAGGAGCUGGUGCCGAGACCACAGCAGAAUUCCCUGUGCACUCCAAUGCGAACUUGCUACACGUGCGUGAUCCUGGUGCUGGCAGUGGUUGUUCCUGUCGUCACCUUCUUCGCUGUCUUCUCCAACAACCCUGAGUUCCAGCCAGAGCCAUGGACAUGCAAUGUGAAGGCUGAUCACAGGGUUCCAUGUGCGACAGAAAAAACUGAGACAGCGUGUCUGCAAGCUAGCUGCUGCUGGAAUGGCAUCGACCUAGCAUGCUUCCAUUCGAUUCCCUCCCAGUACAGCUACAGCGUCAAGGACUGGAAGAACAACAAGUGGGCAGUCAAUGAAUUGGAGACAGCGAACCUGAGUCUCACAAGCCGGAUGGAGACUUCACCUUAUGGCAGACCUGUAGAGCGGCUACUCCAUACCCUUGUGGUAGCCACCUCAGCAGACCACCUCCGGUUGUACAUCUACAGUGAGACAGACAAACCAGAAGACACAGAAAGAAUCCCACUGAACUCAUCGAGAUUCAGAGCAGAAGUAUAUGGUCCAGAAUAUUACUCAUUGCAAAUAUAUCGCCAAGAGGAUAGCAGCUCACUCCUCUUUAGUACCUCACGAGGUCCUGUGAUUGCCAGUGAAAAUUACUGGGAGCUGUCACUGCAGUUCCCAAAGGAAGCUGCUCUGUUUGGGUUGGGAGGCGUACGACUUUCUUCAAAACCCAAACUCCUAUACAGCAGUGGGCACAGACUCAGUGCCAACCCUUUCAUCAUAGUCGUCGAAACUGAUGGAAGUGCCUACGGAAUCCUAUUUAACAGCACGGGACCGCUAGAGUUCCAGCUGUUGGAAAACUCUAAUCUUCUGAUAGUGAAAUCUCUUUCCACGGUGAGGUGGGAUUUUAGUGUCUUCGCAGGUCCUACUCCUGCAGAUGUGAUGCACCAGUACACCUCAGCUGAUGGACUACACCCUGUUCUGCCGCCUUCCUGGGUGCUAGGACUGCAUAUCUGCAGGGACACGGCAAAGGACAAUGAAACUCUCGCUGCAGAAGAUGCUCUGUAUUUCAUAAAGGAGGCCAUGGCAACUGGGUUACCAUAUGAGUCAGACUGCCUGCAAGAAGGUCUUCUGUAUCAGAUGAGUUUCACGAUACCAGAGAGCAUGGAACAUGUCAUCGAGGAGAUUCAAAGGAUGCAACGGAGAAUUUUAUUAUCUCUUCCUCCUCACGUAAAUUCAUCCCUGGUGACAAUUGACGAGCUGUUCGUAUUGACCGAGGAUCAGCAGGUGCUUUCACAAGAGUAUCACAGCCUGAAUGUUUCUUACCCAGACUUCUUCAAUGAGGUAACAGGAACAUGGUUUAGAGAAAACCUGAACAAUCUGAUGACAGGAAGAGAAGAUGUUGUGGGAGGUUUCGUGCUGCAGGACAAUUGGCCCGCCGUCAACACCACGGAGGAUAAGACAGAGAACAUGGUGUAUGUGCCAGAGGGCACAUUGUCACGCGGAACACUGUGGUGGGAGGUCCGCCACGGAAGCACACCCCAUUACAAGCUGCACAACAAAUACAGCCUGCAGAAUGCCAAAUCGGUUGCAUCCAGUCUGCAGCUAGAGAAACAUCUAGUGCUAACUGCAGCCACAUACACAGGGAGCGGCACUGUGGGCGGAAGCCACGCACACACGCAAGCCGAUGUGGCAUGCACGUGGAGUAACAUGAAGGAUGCUCUGGAGAUGGCACUGGGUCAAGGAUUAGCAGGAAUCCCACUGGCAGGCGGGGGUUCUGUCUGUGGCACGACGGGUAGCUACGACGACGAGCUCUGUAUCAGAUGGUAUCUCAUGAGUUCCAUGCUUCCUUUAAUGCGCGUAUCAUCUGAGAUGCCUCUACGAGACCCAGUGAACCUCAAAUUUGGGUAUGCUCGUGAGGCCGUAAAGAGGGCCCUGGCCUUGAGGUACUCGCUGCUGGCAUACUUUUACUCCCUCUUCCAUAACGCAAGCAGCGAAGGGGUUCCGAUCGCAAGACCCAUGUUUUUUGAUUUCCCAAGUGACAAUAAGACAUGGACAGAAAAUGAGCAAUUCAUGGUUGGCCCAGCACUUCUGGUUCGUCCUGCCUUUUACAAGAAUGCAGUUUCAGUGCCUGUGUACCUUCCAAAUGAGAACACAACUUGGUACCAUUUUGGAGGGGGUCAUAAAGUGAACAAUGGCACAGGGGAGGUAACAGUCGGUGUCACGAGCCUAGACAAGGAGUUGGUGCUUCUGCUAAGAGGUGGCUUCAUUGUGCCAGUGCAGAAAGCGAAGCCAACCGUCAGUGAAACUCUCUCAGGCCCUUACAACUUAGUUGUCGGUCUUAAAUGCAAUGAAAAUGGCACAUGUAGUGCAUUCGGUGAUCUUACGGUGGAUUCCAACAUCAAAUUCACCUUCAGUGCCACUGAACGUGAACUGAGCUUCCAGAGUGUGUGUGUCAACACAACCUCCUCUUCUACCCUGGAGAAUAUAUCAGUAUAUGGACUUAACAUGACAGCAUGUCUGAAUGUCAGCAGUAGCUUCAACACUGGAGCAAGCUGCGCUGUCGCAGAAGGAAACCAAAUUCUGGAAAUCACGGAUUUACAGCUUGAUCUGUGCAGUAAAGGGGACGGUCAAAUACACUGGGAAGUUACUGACAUUCCACAAUCAACAACAACAAUAAAACCUGAAACAUCAACAAUCAAUCCUGAAACAACAACCAAGCCCAAAACAACUGAACCUGAAACAACUGAGCCCAAAACAACUGAACCUGAAACAACUGAGCCCAAAACAACUGAACCUGAAACAACUGAAACCGAAACAACAAAUUAAACUAAUAUUUAAACACAAUCAACAGCUGAACUACAGCAGCAGCAACUGUGCAAUCAUCACUGAGUAAGUCAAAUGUAAAUUAAGUAGGAAUGUAAAUUUCUGAGUAGAUCAUUGUUUGUCUGGUGAAUUCAACUGAAGUAUUUAAUCACAUAAUGGUUAUAGAACAUAAAUCACUGUGAAAUCUU